CCGUGGGUCAAUUGACUGCCAAAACUCUACCGCAAACCAAAACAAAUCAGAAAGAAACAAAUUUCGGAUUUUGAGGAUUUUCGGCCUUUUCCUCAUGAAAUUUAACUAGUGUUUCGCAUUUAUCUCAGCAGUGGACCCUAAUUGAUCGAAUAAAAUGGCUCUCGUUCGAUCUUUCCAAAUACUGAUCCCGAAACUCCCUACGGUCGUCCCGUUCUUUGGAGGAAACCUCGCGAACUCACUAGCGGAAGCAGCUGCCGGCGGGGCCUGGGGACUCCUUUCCGCACGCACGGUCAUCCGCAACCAAUUCCCGAGAGCGCGAGAAACUAAACGGGUUCGCGUGCACGGCUGGUGGAAACGCUUGUCCACGCUCACAGGACGCCGGGUGCUGAUGCGAAAGAUAUUGAAGGGAAAGCAUGUACUAUCACACUAGUUCCCGCGUUGCGGGUGGUUAAGAAAUUGGUUAAAAUAUAGAUGAAAUUAAAACAA